AUGAGUUCUUCUCGUCUCUCUAGUCAUCCUACAGGGAGUGGCAGUGGUCCACACACUGUGGUGAGACAGUUGCCUGUGGAAGAGGCCCGCAAGGCGAUUGUUCGCAUGAUUCGCCGCCAUAAUGCUGUUGUGAUUGUAGGCGAAACGGGAUCUGGUAAAACUACACAAAUACCACAAUAUGUUUGGGAUGAUAUUGUUUCCCGUGAGCCGGAGCAGCGACAGGGAAUAGUGGGAUGUACACAACCGCGUCGAGUGGCGGCUGUGAGUAUUGCCAGACACGUAGCGGAACAGCGUGGAGGACGAGUGGGUGGAGAAGUGGCGUAUUCUGUGCGAUUUGAUGAUACUUGUAGUAGUCAAACUCGAAUUAAAUACAUGACGGAUGGUAUUUUACUUCGUGAGAUUCAGGCAGAUCCAGAUCUCACACGGUAUCGUUGUUUAAUUCUGGAUGAGGCGCAUGAGCGAACUUUACAUGGGGAUGUUCUUUUUGGUCUUUUAAAAGAUAUUGUAAGAAGAAGAAGAAAAACACUUUCUAUUGUGGUGAUGUCAGCUACAUUAAAUGCUGAACAUUUUUCUAAAUUUUGGUGGGAUGCUCCUAUAGGUGUUGUCCAUGGACGUACAUUCCCUGUUUCUAUCUUUCAUACAUUAGAACCUCAAGCAGAUUACGUGGAGGCAGCUGUGAGUACACUUCUUCAAAUUCAUGAAAAAGAGGAACCAGGUGAUGUGUUAUGUUUUCUUACCGGUCAAGAGGAAAUUGAAGAUGCGAAACGAAUUCUUGAACAGCGAAUGAAACAUUUACCAAAUCAUAUUAGAGAUUUUAUUGUUUUAACACUUUAUUCCGCUAUGCCAUAUGAACAACAGUUAACUGUUUUUGAUCCUGCUCCUCCUGGAAAGCGAAAAAUUAUUCUCGCUACUAAUAUAGCCGAAACAUCCAUUACAGUAGAGGGAAUUAAAUAUGUGGUAGAUAGUGGUGUUGUAAAGGCUAAACAUUUUAACAGUAAAACUGGUAUGGAAAUAUUAUCUGAAGUGGAUGUGAGUAAAGCUCAAGCUACACAACGUACAGGUCGUGCAGGUCGGGUAACUGCAGGUAAAUGUUAUCGUUUAUAUACAUCUCAAGCCUUUGAAUCUCUCUCUGAAAACACGAUACCAGAAAUUCAACGAAGUUCUCUCAUAAGUGUGGUUUUACAAAUGAAAAGUCUUAAUAUUCAUAGUAUUAUGGAUUUUGAAUUUAUGGAUGCCCCUAAUCCACGUGCGGUUACAAAAGCAGAAGAAACAUUAAUGUUACUUGGUGCUUUAGAUCGUCAAGGACAUAUCACGGCUCUUGGAAAACGUUUAACAGAUUUUCCUAUUGAACCAAUGGCGGCUAUUGUAUUACUUGCAGGAAAAGCUCUUGGUAUUGAAUAUGAUGCUGCGGUUGCGAUUGCCAUGACAAGUACAGAAAAUCUUUUCAUUACUUCUCGUGAUAUGAAAGAUGGUGCCGAUAGGUGUAAAGCGGCAUUUGCUAAGUCUGCUGGUGAUCAUGCUACAUUGAUUAGUAUUUAUCAUGCCUAUAAAAGAUCUCCAAAAGACCAACGAAAAAUGUGGUGUGAGGCAAAUGCUAUUAAUCAACGUCAAAUGCUUAAAGCAGAAGAUGUUAUCACACAACUUAUGUCUAUUCUUGGUGAACGUAAUGAUGAUGAUUUACUUUCAUCUUUUCUAUCAAAAAUACACCGUGUAGGACUUGGUCAAGAGAAAUCAUGGAAUAAAAAACGUAAACGUGACGAUAAUAAUUAUGAUAAUAGUAAUAAUGAUGAUUAUGAUACAUCUUUUGAUAUUCCUAAUAAACAAGAAUUUGGAGCCGUUAAGUUACGUGAUUUUGAAUUACUUCGACGUGCAUUGUGUUAUGGAUUUUCUCUCAAUGGUGCCUUUUACAAUGCAAAGAUUGGAAAUUAUCAAACAAUUGUGGGACAACAAGUAGUGCAUCUUCAUCCUUCUUCUGUAUUAUUUACACUGCGUAAAAAACCGGCUUUGGUGGUUUUUAAUAGUGUGGUGCGCACAACGAAACGAUAUAUGAAAGAUGUUUCAGUGGUACAAGAGGAGUGGCUUCGUGAUGCAGCAUCCUUUUUAGUUCCUGUGGAAUGA